AUGGCCGACAGCCUCAAUCCUUUAAGCAUUUUCACAACCCAUCCCCAAUCCCAGCGCUACAUAAAAACCACCCGCGACGAAACCGACGCUGACCAAAACGCAACCACCAUCAUCGAAACAACCUUCGACCUCACUCUGAAAAUCACAAAAUCUCCCGACGGAACACCGUCAUGCAUCGAAUCCUUCCCAUCUACAGAGCAGCCACCAUCCAAUGAAGCAAAACCGCGCCAUUACCGGAUUGACCCUGACUACGAGACGGGCUUCAUCACGCGGAGCACCAGCGAUCUGCAACCCAAUGAAGAGCGUGAUGUGACAGCAGAGCAUGUCCUUAAGACACUUCCUGAGUCGGUGCAGGAGCAGUACAAGGCGUGGGUGGAUGCGUAUAAUGGGAGCUACAAGACGAGGAUUAAGGAUACGGGUGAUGAAGAGGCGAGUGUGUUUUCGACUGCGGAAGAGGACGUUGCGUGGAGUGUGGCUGGAUACCUGUUGGUAUGGCGUCUUACUUAUGCACCUGAGGUUGGGAGUGUUCAAUAUUAUGGGGGUAAUUUGCGGUCAUUUAUCGUGGGUGAGAGGGAGUUGCCUUCUACUGUGGGCUUUCUUAAGGCUGGGGUGGAAAUUUUGAAAAGUGGAAAGCCGUCGAUGUAA